CUUCUCUCCGCCCCCGCCCGGCUCCUCCUGCCUCCGCGAUUUAAAUCUCCCCCCGGGCCGGCCGCCGCUCCACUGCCGGCCUCCCGCCGCGGCACCAUGCCCCGCACCCUCGGCCCGCUGGCCGCGCUCCUGGCUCUCCUCUUGCUUGGCUUCUUUCCUCCACCCGCCUUCGGUCAAAACGCCACCGUGAAAGCCGGUGUCUGUCCGGAGCGGCCAGCGGCAGACAACUGCACCGAGGACUGUCUCUCCGACGGGGACUGCCCCGACACCAGCAAAUGCUGCCGUGCCGGCUGCUCCAGCCAGUGCCUCAUCCCCAACGGAGGACAUGAAAGGGACUGGAAGAGCUGCAGAAUGGGACAGAAACAACAACUGGGACAGAAACAACACGAGGAAGCCCUAGCGAGGCAUCUGAGAGCUGGAAAAAGGAGUUCGGAGGGUGACUUGCCCAGCCCCAGGUGGUGCCUCCAGGCCGAGGCGGGACUGGCCACCUGAAUGACGAUGAGCUGCUGGGCCCCGCCUGGGUUUGGAUCCUUGGCGCCGUGCUGCAGACGAGGAGACUGAGGCACGGAGAAGGCCACCAGGGGCACCGCCGAGGGAGCUCCAUCCCUCCACCUGACAGUCUCCAGGUUCACAGCUUCUGAGCUGCUGUGUCUUUCAUCAUCACCAGGGACGGCCCCUGGGCUCUUCUCCCUUCUCCUCCCUCUGGAGCGGGCGGGUGAUGUCCCCUGGAGUGGAAGGGGGGAGGCUCCACCCACCUUACCUACCUGCCCUGGGAGAAUAGGCUCCUUUGUACCGGGAGAGACUGAGGAUGGAAGGUGUUGGGCCUCCGGCUGCAAGAGCUAAUCCUCCUGGCUCUUCCACUCUUCUCUCCCUCCCUCACUCCCUGGUCCUGUCCCACCCCCAGAUCCCCGUGGCUCCCCAAACCCUCAGGUCAGGGGACCAGAUUCACCCCCUCCAAGGGGUUCUGAUAAGAUUGCGCGCAGCACCGGUUUGGGCAAGGUUUGGGAGGCUCUGGGCGGAAGCAUGAGAGAGAGAGAGAGAGAGAGAGUAUGAAUAGGUUAAGAUGCAAAUGUUUGUGGGCAUUCAUGCCUAGGGUUGAACGUGCAUAAAUAGAGGAUAUAUGCAUCCUUGUGGGGAUGGAGUCGAAGGAUGGGGAAUCAGAUUCAGCAGCGUGGCUUAGUGGAAAGAGCCUGGGCUUGGGUGUCAGAGGUCGUGGGUUCUAAUCCC